AUGCGCAUCAGCAUCGUUACAGCGCUCCUGCUGGUGUAUUGCGCAAGCUUCGGCAGCCCCGAAAAUGUCGAGCUCGACAACAACGUUGGAAGCGAGGGUCGCCGUCUUCGUUCUGUGGGUUUUGUGAACCAUGAAAACGUGGCGAAGAACGUCGCUCAAUUUGCCUCGAAACUGACGGAGAAGCUGCCGAAGAAUGUCGAAUUGGCUGCAACUCGAGCCAAAAAACUCACGGAGAAGCAGCAGAAGGUUGAGGAGGAUACGUUUACUAAGCUAAUUGCUGGUGCCUACAGCGACAAAGCCAAAGCUAAAGCCUUACUCAAUAUUUACGGUAAUAUGCACAUCAAUGCCAAGGUGGAUCCCAAAACAGCAGCGGGCGAGUUACGUCGUGAAAACCAGCUCGACGUAUUGCGGAAAGUGAAAGAGAUGUUACGUCAUGAAAGGUCGAUAAAGAGGGUGCCUGAAGCAGCGAAUAAUUUGUAG